CCCAAGCUGGUUAUCUCCCUGAACGAAAAGCAGACAUCAAAACCAGAGAGCCAAAACCAAAACCAAAACCCAAACCCAAACCCAGAAUUAGAACACAACAAACAAACACACAGACAGACAGAAAACAUUGUGGAAAUGGUCUUCAAGCAACACUUUGACUUACAAUUAUAACACCGAGAGAGAAGAUUCAGUCAGACAGUGGAGGGGAGAUUUCUUUAUGUAAAUGCAUCAGAAGAAAUCUGGCAAACAGCAAGGGAUCGGAAAAGUAAGCAGCAGCUGCAUCUCUUCCGAUUUCGACCAAACCAUUUACCCACAUCUCUUAUACUCCCAAUUCAAUCAGAACUACCUUGAAUCAAGUCCGCAAAAAGGUCCUGAUUUUUCCAUUCCAAACAAGCCUCAUCUCACCAUCCAAAUCCCACCCACAUCACCAAACCCAUCACCACCACCAACAGCAACAACCCAUCAUCAUAAAAACCCCAACUUUCACCAUCAUGAACCCUCCUUCAGUAACCUUUCUCCAACUCAUGCCCUUCUCUCAACUCCCCACAAGAGGCCCAUCAUGACCCAAAAUUCUCGUUCUCAUUCCCCGACUCUUUCUUCUUUCAAGAACCACCAUAACGACCGCAAAAAGGUUGAGAAAUUAGCCUCAAAUUCUUCUUUCCAAUCUUUUUCUUGUUCUGCUUAUUUUGCUAUUCCAUUUGAUACUCAACGGCUUGGUAGGAAACUUGUUCAUCAUCUGAACCGUGGGCGUUUGCUUUGUUUCCACUUACGUUUUCUUGUUUUGCUUUCUCUUCCUUCACUUUACUUCUUGGUCUCCAAUCCUCGUCGGUUUUUUUUGUUAAAUCUUCUUGCUUUGAUUGCUUUUUCGCUUACCCUUAUGGUUUCCCUCAUUGCACUCCCUCGCUUGCCUUCAAUAAGGUUACUUCUUGCUCGUUCAUUACCUGCUAAGUUUAGUCAACUUGGUUCAUCUUCUAAAUCUUCAAAAGUUGUUGUUUGGUCGAUUGGGUCAAAACCAAAAUCGGAGAAGAAGGUGAAUUCGGGGACUUGGGUGCAGGCUUACAGUAAUGGGGAUGUAUAUGAGGGUGAAUUUCAUAAAGGGAAAUGUUCAGGAAGUGGGGUUUAUUAUUAUUAUAUGAAAGGUAGGUUUGAGGGGGAUUGGAUUGAUGGGAAAUAUGAUGGUUAUGGUGUGGAAACAUGGGCAAAAGGGAGCCGAUUUCGCGGUCAAUAUCGGCAGGGAUUGAGGCAUGGAAUUGGGGUGUAUAGGUUUUACACUGGUGAUAUUUAUGCUGGGGAGUGGUCUAAUGGGCAGUGUCAUGGAUGUGGAGUACAUACAUGUGAGGAUGGCAGCAAGUAUGUGGGAGAGUUCAAGUGGGGUGUAAAGCAUGGGCUGGGUCAUUAUUAUUUCAGAAAUGGGGAUAUAUAUUCUGGGGAAUAUUUUGCAGACAAGAUGCAUGGCUUUGGUGUUUAUCAAUUUGGAAAUGGACACCGGUAUGAGGGAGCCUGGCAUGAGGGAAGAAGGCAGGGAUUUGGUACAUACACUUUCAGAAAUGGUGAGACUCAAUCUGGUCACUGGCAAGAUGGGGUUCUUGAUGUUCAUAGUGCACAAAACACCCAUCUUGGAUCUCCCUAUGCCGUCACUCAAUCCAGAGUCCUUAAUGCUGUCCAGGAAGCACGGCGAGCCGCGGAGAAAGCUUAUGGCAUUGCAAAGAUUGAUGAGAGAGUGAAUAGAGCUGUCUCAGCUGCAAACAAAGCAGCCAAUGCUGCCAGAGUGGUGGCUGUGAAAGCUGUCCAAAAACGAAUGCAUCAUUCUAACGGUGAUGACCCACCAACUGCAAUUGUCUAAUAUAGGACUCCAGAAUGAUGCUUUGGUUAUGAAUUCAAUAUAUGGCGUCUUUCUUUAGCCGUUCACUUUAAUUUUUGAUAUUGUUCGUUAUUCCAUCCCAGUAUAACGAAUGACGACAGCAAGGUACCUGCUUGGAACCACGUUCAGUCAUCCAAGAAGAUGGCUGAUCAUGGAGCAAGAAACGGGCCUCCCUUUGUCUUUUUUUUUUUUUCUCUUUAAUGGCUUCAGUUAAUGCAUAAAGGUUGAGGUUGAGUGAAGGAUGUCACUAAGGUGCCCAAAGAGCCUGGUACUGCUUGUCUCUUUUUCUUCUUGUAAGUGUAAUUAGUUGUAUUUCAAUAUCCUGGAAGUCUGGAUAAAACUGUCCAGUCCGGCCAUGUUUAAUGAGAAUAACUAAGUGAAGAUGUUAAACACCA